AUUGGCCUCAUUCUCUCUCAUCAACCUCCCACUAUAAAUCCAUCCAUGUUUUCUGAUCAUCUUCCUCUUUCACAUUCUUUUUGCCCAUCAUUUAUAGACGUUUCGUUUUGAAUCAACAACCAAGAAUUUGAAGUUUCAAGAUUCCUUGAUACAAAUCCCGAAUUGGUUGAGUGAGCAGUUGGUUUUCCCUUUUUUCUUUCCUUUUUCUACUUGAAUGCAGUUUUGCGAUUAAUGGCUAAGGAUUUGAAGGAUCAAUCUAAAAGUCAAGGGACUGUAACUUCUAGUUUUGAAGCUGACAGUUUAGAGGAUUUUUGGAUACCCGAUUACAUACUGUUACGUGAUUCGGAAGUCAAGAAACCAUCACAUGUUCCUGCUUGUCCUGUGAUCGUAUUCAUCAAUUCAAGAAGCGGUGGCCAGCUGGGUGGAGAACUUUUACUCAGCUACCAAACACUUCUAAACAAAAAUCAGGUAUUUGAUUUGAACGAAGAGGCUCCUGAUAAGGUGCUACACCAACUAUUUUUCAAUCUAGAGAAGCAUAAGCAUGGUGGGGAUUCCUUGGCCUCCGAAAUCCAGAAGAAAUUGAGAAUUAUUGUUGCAGGUGGGGAUGGAACUGCUGGUUGGAUUCUUGGAGUGAUUUCCGAUCUCAGUUUAGCUCAGCCUCCUCCAGUAGCCACAGUGCCGCUAGGAACAGGAAAUAAUCUCCCCUUUGCAUUUGGUUGGGGUAAGAAAAACCCUGGCACCGACCAUGAAUCUGUGAAGAUAUUCUUGGAUCAAGUAAGAAAUGCGCAAGAGAUGAAAGUUGACAGCUGGCAUGUUCUCUUGCGAAUGAAAGUUCCCAAAGAAGGUUCAGGUGAUCCCGUUGAACCUCUGAAACUACCACACUCCUUGCAUGCAGUCCACCCUGUCUCCCAAUCAGACGCGUUGGAUGAGGAAGGAUACUGCACCUUUCGUGGAGGAUUCUGGAACUACUUUAGUAUGGGAAUGGAUGCUCAAGUGUCGUACGCGUUUCAUGCAGAGAGAAAGCUAAACCCAGAAAAAUUCAAAAACCAGUCAUCUAACCAGAGUGCCUAUGCAAAGCUCACAUGUUCACAAGGAUGGUUUUGGGCUUCACUUUCUCAUCCAUCUUCAUGGAAUAUAGGACAACUGACAAAGGUUUGGAUCAUGAGAAAGCCAGGUCAUUGGGAAGUCCUCGCCAUACCUCCCACAAUACGGUCGAUCAUUUGCCUCAACUUGCCGAGCUUUUCUGGUGGACUCAAUCCAUGGGGUAUACCAAGCCGAAAGAGACUUCGUCUGAAGGAGUGGACUCCUCCGUACGUUGAUGAUGGAUUUCUUGAGGUUGUUGGAUUCCGAAAUGCUUGGCAUGGUGCGGUUUUAUACACUCCAAGUGGACACGGGACUCGGCUUGCGCAGGCAAGAGCGAUUCGUUUUGAAUUCCAAAAGAGCACAGCCGACCAUACGUUCAUGAGGAUGGACGGGGAGCCGUGGAAACAACCUCUACCCACAAAAGAUGACACUGUUACGAUUGAGAUUUCUUCGUUUGGUCAAGUGAACAUGUUAGCCACCGGGAUCUACCCGGCCAAGAGUAUCAAUGACCCAUUGACCCCACGCACUCUCAAAGGUAGCGAGGGUGAUAGCGAUGAUGAACCCGAGGUUGUAGAAAUCUCGGAAGAGAGAAAAAAGUUUGGCGCAACUUCUAGUUUCGAACUACCAAAAGACUUUAACCUGUCUCAAGUCAGUUAGUUUUUUGUUCUGUUAUAUUAUGUUCAGGUACGAAAUUUGUUCAUUCUUGGGGUCCAAAUGCUAGUAUAUGUAUUUUCUUGAUUACCAAAUCUAAUUGAGGACCCUAUUGUAAAUUACUAGUUAAACUUGUAUAUUAGUAACUAGUAAGCAAUGAAAGAGGCUCUUCGUGUC